CACAAAACAUACUGGCAGGAAUGGGGACUGGCGCUGGCGGCGUCAUGUGAUAAGAUUGAGUUCGGUUGACAAGUCAUUGGAACAAAGUAUACUGAGUCGCGUUUGUUUUGCACGCAAACUCAUUUUGUCCAGUACUCAUAACCAUUCCGCCUACGUGCCUGCCGAGCAGAACCCCUUGCAAUGCUGAAUACCAUUUAUAAUAUUGGAAUUCUGAAUAAGCGGCGCAUGGUUGACAUGAGGUAUGGGUUACUUACUGUUCGAUGCAUGCCCACCGCAACACUGAGGAUCUGCUUUUCAAAAUGGUGCAGAGAUCAUUCCAGAAAGACAACAGAUACAGGAUCGGGCAGUCCUCAAGACGUCGCUAUAACCGUUGCAAUAUGUUUCGUUGGCUCCUAAACAUAUGUCUCGAAAACUUACCCGAACGCAAAUGGGACCAAGUCGUCAUGUUUUUAUUCCUCUGCUCUCUCUUCCCCUUCUUUCAUGCACUUCUCGGUAUAGGGGGAGAAGUCGAGCAACAUGCGAACCGCCCAGCGAAAGCAACUGGCGAGCCUCCAAACAACUCACAGGGGAAUGACACAGGCAAAGCCGCUCUCUUCAGAAACCAGCUGCUUGCGAGUGACGCAAAUCCGGGCUACCCAGUCGAGAAUUCUGAGCACAUCGCGCACCUCACACGCGCGCCCAUUGCAUUGGCACCACAAGAUGCAUUUCCUGAUCCGACCUCUCCAAUUACCCACUCAGACGUGGCCUCUUCAGUGCCUUCAACGUCCGCGUUCGCACAGACACCUGAACCUCGUGCUCCGGUCUGGUUUCAGGGAGACAAGUGGGAUGACAUGCCCGGGCCGUAUGACCCAUUCCAUCUUGAAUUCAACGGCAUGCCUUGGAGUACAUCGACAAAAGCAAUCUAGAUAGUCGCAGCACAAAGAACUCGGAGCAUCAGGCGAAAAGCAGAGGAAGUUCAGGAGGUGUCGAGAAAAUGUUGGCGGGUCCCAGAUAUCCAAGACACCAGACUCGAUCAGCGAGCGUGCACUUGUUUUGAUUAUUUCAUCUUCCACGUACUGUGUUGUAUUUAAGAUGUUCUUAAGAUGUUCUUCA